AUGUCGCCGGAGACUGUCCGCCCGCGGCUGCUGGUGGCGGUGCUGGCGCUGGUGCUGGUGCUGCAGGGCGGCCGGUGCGCCGUGGAGCCCCACUCGGCUGCCGGGCUGCACCGGUCCGGCCUGCUGCCGCUGACCCCGCUGCAGACAGUGCCGGCCGGACCGACGCUGGCGCGGCGCGCCCACUGCCUGGCCCGGUGUGUGCGCCGGGACGACUGUGUCAGCUUCAACUACGGCCAGCUGCCGGACGGCACCGCCGGCUGCCAGCUGCUCGGCAAGGCGCUCUGUCAGGCCGGCGGCGGAUUCAGCGAGCUACAGAGGGACGCCGGCGUCAACUACUUUGAUGUGUAUCGCGGCUCGACGGUGGGCGCGGCUGAGAUGGCCCAGGCGGCCCUGUGGACAGAGUGUGAGACGACGGGACGCUGUGCGGUACCGCUUUGUCAGCCCGUGGCCGGCGACUACUGCACCAGUAGUGCCGUGUGCGCUGCGUCCAUCACCAACGCACAAUGCACCAGCAGUACGUGCCAGUGCUCCAGCGAUCACUGGCUCAACAGUCCGACAGAGUGUCUGCCGGGCGUGGCGAUCGGCGCCGCAUGCACCCAGCUCAUCGAGUGCCAGACAAUUACCUCCGGCUCCGAGUGCAGCUCCGGCGGUCUGUGCGCCUGUCCGGCCGGCACGUGGCACAAUCCGGAUGGCAGCUGCCUGCCAGUGAAGGCGCUGGGCGAGGCGUGCAGCGUGGACCCCGAGUGCGGGGACGAGACCACCACGUUCUGUUCGUCGGCCGUGUGCGCGUGCCGGGCCAACCACGUGGCCGUGAACGGCGUGUGCGAGCCGGGGAAGGCGAUGGGAGCGGCCUGCACCAUCAGCGCAGAGUGCACGAUGGUGACGGCCAACACCGCCUGCACCAGCGGAGUGUGCGCAUGUGCAUCGGGCUAUUGGAACAACGGGGGCACCUGCCGACAAUCGGUGCCGUUCGGAGGGGCGUGUACCUACCAGGAGGACUGCUCCUCGUACAACUCCAAGUUCAUCUGUAGCGGCGGCACGUGCGGCGACUUUGGCUGCACUCCGGUCAUAGUGAGCGGAUACGAGUACCGGCUGGCCGGCGGAGACUCUGCCUGUCUGUCGGGCCGCGUUGAGGUGCGUCCACAAGGCGCCGCCACCUGGGGACAGGUCUGUGACGACGGCUGGGGCACCGAAGACGCCACCGUCUUCUGCCGCUCCAUCGGCCGCACGGGCGGCGCCGCCAGCUGCUGCUCACCCCACUGGUAUGCCACGGGCGCAGUGUUCCACAUGGACGACCUGGCCUGCGCCGGCACAGAAAGCCACCUACUGGCGUGCCCCUACAGCGGCUGGAAUGUAGAGAACUGUGGCGACGGUGAAGUAGCCUCGGCAACCUGCACAUAG